AUGGUGCGUCCGCCGACCCCGCGACCAAUAGCGACGGCCAGCAGCGCCACGCGCCCCCCCCUCACCCGCGCACAGCCACCGCUUUUUCAGUCCCUGCCGCCCCUCCCGUCCGCUUCCGCCACCCCCGACUCCCGCACCCCAGCCCCGCUCCGGGGCCCACUCCGAUCUCCCAUCCCCACCCUGACGUGCGCCCCCGCCCCCCGCGUCCCCCUGCGCACGAGCCCCAUCAAUCCCCGCCCGUCUUCGGCUCGCCGUGCACGUAUCCCGCCCGAAUUCAUUCGACCCGCCCCCCCCCACGACACGCGGCCCCGCUCCGGGUUCUCGUAUAACUCCAUUUUGCGACACCGCCCUCCCGCUCACCCACCCUGCGCCGCCGACACGGCCCCCACCUCGAUCCCUUCCGCUCGACGUGCCGUGCGCACCGAGGCGCGGCCGGGUCCGCCCCCGACCGCCGCGCUCCCAACUUCUCGAAUCGCCGUCCGCCGCCCCGCUGCACCGGUGUUCAGCCACAGGCGCCUCCUGCUUCCCUUCCACUGCCGCUCUGACUCCGAUCGGCGAAGGGGGGCCCAGGGGGUACACGUGUGGUCAUCGCCGCCUCGGCCCGCUCGGUCGGUGGGCCUCUCCCCCACGCACCGCGCCUGUGCCGCAGGAGACUGCCGACGCACGCUUGCCCGGGCCGACCCACCCCACUCGUCGCUUAUCCCCGCCCGCGAAGGCGCGGGACCCCCCCGCUGGGCCGUCAUCGCGCCCGGCCUAGCCCCCCGGUUGUUCGUGACGUUUUCUACCCGCUGCGUCACCACCCGGUUUGCCGCUUUUAGUAGCCCCCCCCGCGCUCAGGCCCCCGCGCCCCGUCACCGCCCCGAGCGCCGGUCGGCCCCCCCUCCCGCCCCCCGGUCCGCCCGUCAGACGCGGACGGCCCCGCCGGCCGGGCCGGCCCCCGUUGGCGCCACCCUUACCCCGCCCCUACGGCCUCGCCGUCUGCUCUGCAGGUGGUGUCGUCAAUUUCUGCAGCCGCCGCGCGAGUCGAAGUCUCCGUACGGCCAUCCCUGCCGCUCGGCGCCCCCCCCUUGA